AUUGUAUUGUCAAAAUAAGUCGCUGUCAUUUGCUCUGAAAAUUGGGUUAGUCACGUUGCUAAAAAAUUGUUUAACAAACUGAAAAAAUAAUUUAAGUGGAAUCCAGAAUGGCGAUGCCCAAGAGUUCGGUGACCCACAACACAGAUCAGAUUGCAUUGUCAUACCUCUUGGACAAGGUGCACGAUGAUAUUCUCGUCUCAACCGAUAGUUAUCACUUUCGAAAACCAAUGAAAAAUAAUGGAGUUCAGAAAAACAUAGAUUUGCACACCAUUGGACAGAACAUCGUGAAUCAAGUUUAUCAGAGUCGGGCCGAUUACUUGCAGGACAUUCAAAAGAUUGUGGACAACUGUGUGAAAUGCAAAGGCGAUGACGCAAAACACACGAUCUGCGCCAGAAAUAUGUUGGAGCAUGCGCGCAUUAAGAUGAAAGAGUCCGAGCAUUUCUUCAUUCAACUUGAGGCUAAUAUUGUGCAACAUCUAAAACAGGCAAAGGCAAAUUUUACUGGUUGCGGGUAAGACUCUGAUACAGAUAGCGAAUAAUAACAAUGAAUUAAUACGCUGGAAAAUGUAAAUCUAUUGUUGGGAGAUUAUUG